AAGAGUCCCUCUGUAAUUCUAGACCGCAGGGCAGGUACAGGCCAUGGCUAUGAGUUUUUUGGAACUAACUUUCUUCCUCUCAUGCCUUCUCAUACAGCUUGUUCCAUUCACUGUUGCCCAGUAUUUCCCUAAAGAAGAAUGCAUUUCACAUAGAGGUAACUACACCGAUAACAGUACAUACCAGGCAGACCUCAAUAGCCUCCUGACCUCCUUCUCAAACACCCAAGUUGAGUAUGGGUUUUACAAUUUCUCUGUUGGUGAGGUGAAUGGAAUCGGGCUCUAUAGAGGGGAUCUCACUCCGGAUACAUGUCGUAGCUGUAUCAAUAACUCCAGCCAGGACAUUCUACGAUUAUGUCCCAACUACAAGGAGGCAGUUUUGUAUUACGAUCAAUGCACGUUACGAUACUCUAACCGCUCCAUAUUUGGCACAGUAGAUACUUCGGAUAGUUACGCUCUAAAAAACACCCAAAAUGUCUCAGACAUCGACCUCUUCACACAGCAGCGGGACGACUUGUUACUUGACCUCCGAGAAAAAGCUGCAUCAGGUGGUCUUCUUAAAAAGUAUGCAACAGGCGAGGCAGUGGCUGAUUUCAUUACCAUAUAUGCACUUGUCCAGUGCACUCCUGAUUUAGAAGAUCAGGAAUGCAGUGACUGUGUAGCCGACCUUAGUAAAAUCUAUUCCGAUUUUUUAAAGUAUAAGCAAGGAGGGAGAGUUAUGGCACCAAGCUGUAACUUUAGGUUCGAGACCUAUCGGUUCUAUGAUACUCUCCCUGAUGCACCGCCGCCAUCUCCUGCUAAUUCUUCUCCUCCACCAAAUGAUGCCACUGCUGGAGACGGAAAAAGUAACAGAACGCGAACUGUAGUUAUCAUUGUUAUAGCAACUGUUGUUUCUGUGAUACUCAUCUCCUGCAUCUGCAUCUGCAUCUUUUUGAGAAUGGGAAAGCCAAAAGACAGUGUUAACUUGCCUUGUGAAGCUGAGGAUGAAAUUUUGGAAGUGGAAUCCUUGCAAUUCAACCUUGGUUCUAUUAGAAAUGCAACAGGUAACUUUUCUGAUUCUAAUAAGCUUGGACAAGGAGGAUUUGGAGCUGUUUACAAGGGUACACUUUCCAAUGGACAAGAUAUAGCUGUGAAAAGGUUGUCCAAGGGUUCUGGACAAGGAGAACUAGAAUUCAAAAACGAGGUCUUGCUAGUAGCCAAGCUUCAACAUAGAAAUUUGGCUAGACUCCUAGGUUUCUGUUUAGAGGGAAUAGAAAGACUUCUCAUCUAUGAGUUCGUGCCUAAUGCAAGUCUUGAUCACUUUCUAUUUGAUCCUAUCAAGUGUUCACAAUUAUAUUGGGAAAGGCGUUACAAAAUUAUAGUAGGCAUUGCUCGAGGACUUCUAUAUCUCCAUGAAGAUUCCCGACUUCGAAUUAUUCAUCGUGAUCUCAAAGCUAGUAACAUUUUGCUAGAUGAAGAAAUGAAUCCUAAAAUUUCAGAUUUUGGUAUGGCAAGGUUGUUUUCACUAGAUCAAACUCAAGGCGAUACGAAAAGGAUUGUUGGAACCUAUGGAUAUAUGGCUCCUGAGUAUGCAAUGCGGGGGAACUUCUCAGUUAAGUCCGAUGUCUAUAGUUUUGGUGUGUUGAUUUUGGAAAUUGUCAGCGGUCAAAAGAACACUAGUUUUGGUGAUGAGGAGCAUAUGGAAGGCCUUAUAAGCUUUGCAUGGAGAAGUUGGAGGGAGGGGUCAGCUUCAAAUUUGAUAGAUCCUUCAAUGAACUCCGGUUCAAGAAGUGGAAUUAUGAGAUGCAUACAUAUUGGGUUGUUAUGCGUUCAAGAAAAUGUAGCUGAUAGACCAACCAUGGGUUCAAUUGUUCUCAUGCUUAGUAGUUACUCUCUCACUCUCCCAUUACCUUCACAACCUGGUUUCUUCAUGCACAGUAGCACGAACCCAGAGACACCCUUGCUACUGGGAUCCGAUUAUGGGGUAAUCAAUGCUUCUAAUAAUGUUUCAGCACGCGUGUCCGUAAAUGAGACUUCGAUUACUGAGCUUCGCCCUCGUUAAUGUUAUAGAGGUUCAAGUUAUGUUGAAAUGUGACUCUUCUUGUUUUCUUGGUUCUUGAUCAA